AUGGCAUUCCAAAAUUGCCGACUGAGGAAUGUCGUAUCAUGGCGAGAAUCUCGUCAUAGGCGACGCUUAGAUACUAAUCAUACAGUGGAUUCACUUGAUUCCGGAUUUUCAUCGUUAAAUACUCACCUAAACGGUUGUCAAAUAAAACUAAGACGUAGUUUACAGGUAGAUGACAUCCUUUGGUGUUGUACCUUUAUUCUAACUGUGUGGUAUUUUGAGCUUCCAUUGUCAUUAUUAAUUGAUGUACGAGUUAAUUGGUCUUUCUUGUUUUAUUCAGUACUUUGUCAGCUAUGCUUUUUUUUGAUUGGCCUAUAUCUCUGCUCAAACAAUGAUCGAAAUUUAUCAUAUGAAUGGCCAAAAAUCUAUCCGAAAUUAUUUUUCAUAGCAGUUAUCCUUUUCCUCUUCUCUUGCAUCAUGUUCUGCCUUGCAACAUGGAAAUUAUGGAGUUUCUGGACAAUUUAUAUUGUACUUGUUACUUUUAUGUUUACCACUGUUGUAGUAUCAUUUUUAUAG